CAGGAAUACAACAAAAUACAGCUGAGCCGCCGCUCGCUGCUCAACUUGAAGCCUUCUUGUGUUUUAUCAAUUGAUGCGCACACCGACUCCUGGCAGGCUUUUUUACCUCCGCUGACAGCACUGUGAAAAAGAUGCACCUCGACAUGACUCUACUUCAGAUUCUUGCUGUGCUCCUCCUGCCAGGAGCGUGGGGUCAAAGUGGCGGCAGCAGCAGCACUCUAGGCGUAGUGGUGGAGGCCAAGAACGUCACCCUCCCUGCAGGGUCUAAGGCCACUCUGCCCUGCCACAGCCCCCGUAUGGUGUGGACCCAAGACAGACUGAAGGACCGUCAGAGGGUGGUGCACUGGGACUUGGUGCGCAGCAGCCCAGAGUAUUCGGUGGAGCGAGUCCUGGACAUGUCCCCCGGAGCGCGCCAGAGGGUCUACAACGGCUUCAACAAGGGUCGCAUCUCUGUCCCAGACUCUGCUUUCAAUGAUGGCAACUUCUCCCUCAUCAUCAACAAUGUGGUCUCAACCGACAAAGGAGUUUACACCUGUAAUCUGCACCAUCACUACUGCCAGAUUCACCAGUCCAUUCAAAUCCAGCUCAAUGUCACUAAGUCAGUUCGCAAAGAGAAACGUUAUUGGGAUGGAGAGAAGACCGUGUUUGUGGUCUUGUUGGGCAAGUCAGUGGUACUGCCUUGUGUGAACAGACGCCCCCUGUGGAGAGAGGGCCUCCAGGAGGACCAGCAGCAGGUAGCCCACUGGGACUUCCAGCCCCCUGGUGUGCGUCCUGAUAAGGCUGACCGCCUGGUGGACCUCUACGCCUCCGGAGAGCGCCGGGAUUAUGGCCCACGCUUUGGCCAGAACAAGAUGAGCGUGGCGGAAGAUGCUUUCACUUUAGGGGAUUUCUCACUGUCCAUUUCUGACUUGAAGCCUGUUGACAAAGGCCUGUACUCCUGCCACCUGCAUCACCACUACUGUGGUCUGCACGAGAGACGCAUCUUCAGGCUCACUGUGGGACCUCCACUUCCGCCCGCCCCCACGACAGCACCCAGAGUUUUCCAGAAUGAUGCGCCAGAACCAAGGACUGAUGAAGUGGAGGGGCCACGUGUGGUGAAUGUCAUUCUCCCUGAGCAUCGAGGUUACUUCAUGCAACAUCUGGGCUACUUCCUGGCGACUUUAUUACUGCUGGCAUUCAUCGUUGUCGCUGUCAUUGUGCUGACUCGACGGCGCAAAAAGAGAGGGCUGGAGUAUGACCUGCGUCGAUCUGAUCGAGGGAAUGUGAUGAGUGGAGGUGAAAUGUCAUUAGACUGCACAGAGAUGAGGGCCUGCAACCAGGAACCUCUGAACUCAGACUACAAAAACAACCUACUGAAAGAGAGAGAUAUGGCCAAAGACUGCAAUAGGGACUUUGAUGGGAAGCUGUGGAAGUGAGUGCGAUAUUUCUGAGAUGCUGCUGGCAGGUCCAGGGCAAACACCGGAAGAGUGAAAGGACCGCGGAGAGAAGAGAAGCCCAGGAGAGGACAGGAGGAAUGCUCCCUCUGCUGUAACUCUAACACACUAAGCUUUUUCACUGAAAGCCACAAACAUUUUUUCACGUUAGUUGUUUUUAUACCCUGCCUCUUCACCAGCUGUUAUAACAAUAUGGUUAAACAUAUAUUUAAUCCUUACUCGUUGCAUUUGUUGUUUUAUUUUAAAUAUAUUAGGCAUUUUUUUAAUCAUUUUUUAUUUUAUUUUUUACAAAAAUGCAUGCUGUUUAUUAAAGUAUGUUUUAUGUGUACUUUGCAUGCUUACAGAGCUGCAAGCUUACAGCUCUACUCCAUUUUUAAAUUUGAUGAUUUUCUUUUUUUUUUUUUGCACAAAUUCUGCUGUAAUUUGUAAAGGUGUUUCAUCAGGUUUCAAAGGUGACGUUACUGUAGGUAGACAGUUUCAGACAGUGUUUGGAAACAAGUGCCACACAUUUCUAGUUAUAGAUAUAUAAGAUAUAUAUGUGUGUGUGUGUAUGUGUGUGUAUAAUAAGACAUUUUAAACAGAUUACAGUACUUCUUUUAAACAAAACUGUACUGUGGAUUUUAUGUUUUUUAAAUUUUCAGACUGUCAGAUCUAAAUUCUUCCUCAAUUAAUAUUUAUUUCCAAAUGGAUUUAUCUGUUCAUUGAUUAUGUAUCAAGUGAAAAAUACUGAAAUUUAAAGACCAUGGACUAAAGGCUCAGUCUACCGAAACUCAGGUAAAAACAAAUCUGUUGACCAUUUAUUUGGUUUUUAAUGGGCUGUGCAGUACUUGUUUGCAUCAUGCAUGUAUGACGUACCCUGGUUUGUAGAACACUGAAUUUUCAUGACAGAAUCUGCUGGUUAAUGACACAGGUACAAAUCUGUUAUAAAAUGUGCGGCUGUAGCUCCGUGAGGUUCACUGCAGGAAGAAGAGCGUCUAUCUCGGUAAUGCUAAAUCAAAAGCUGUAAUCCUAACCCCCUUUUCUCUCUUUGCCUCUUGCUCACGUGCACUCUCUCUGAUGUUGGUCUCUUCUGAGAAAAUAUUUCUUUUAUUAAAGAUUCUCAACAGUG